GAAGAUAAAAGUGUCGGAACUAGGCAAAUGGCUUUGUGACAUUCUCAACUGCAAAAAAGAAUUAUGCUAGAAAAUGGCUCUUCAUAAUUUGCGCAAGAAGCUAAUUGAAAAGACGACAAGGACAACGAACGCCUAAAGUCGUAACCAUAAUAAACUUUACCGUUUUUUUUCUCUGGAUGUCUGACAAAAGAAAGCCCAAAGACUCAAUCGUGGCAAUGCAAUCUGGUGCAGGCAAGCACGAUCAAGAGCGGGAAACUUGGGGCAAAAAAGCAGAUUUUUUGCUUUCUGUGAUAGGCUUCGCUGUUGAUUUAGCUAAUGUAUGGAGAUUUCCGUACUUGUGCUACAAAAAUGGAGGAGGUGCUUUUCUCAUUCCUUACUUAAUAAUGCUAGCAGUAGGUGGGAUUCCACUCUUCUUCAUGGAAUUAGCAUUAGGACAAUACAACAGGAAAGGUGCUAUCACGUGUUGGGGUCGUAUCGUGCCUCUACUCAAAGGUGUUGGAUACGCUGUUGUCUUAAUAGCGUUUUACGUGGAUUUCUAUUAUAAUAUCAUCAUAGCUUGGUCUCUAUACUUCUUUGUGGCCUCCUUCAACACUGUUUUGCCUUGGACAACAUGUGACAAUGCUUGGAACACCCCUUUCUGCAGAGAAUUAGACGACAAUUCGACAAUAGACAAUGUCACGGAAAAUGCCAGCAUUGAAGGUGCCUUGCUGGAACCUAGAACUUCACCAGCAGAGGAGUAUUUCAACCGUGCAGUUUUGGAACUACACGAAAGCUCUGGAAUCGAUGACUUAGGAAUCAUCAAGUGGGAUAUGGCGCUGUGUUUACUUGCCGUAUAUGUUAUUUGCUAUUUUAGCUUAUGGAAAGGCAUCAGUACAUCAGGGAAGGUGGUCUGGUUCACUGCCCUCUUUCCUUACGUCGUCCUUCUAGUGCUCUUAGUCCGGGGGUGUACGUUGCCAGGAGCAGCGGAAGGAAUAAAGUUCUAUUUGACUCCAGAUUUUUCUGCCCUCGCCAAUGCGAACGUAUGGGUGGAUGCAGCCACACAAGUCUUUUUCUCUUUAGGGCCUGGUUUUGGAGUUCUAUUGGCAUUUGCUAGCUACAAUAAAUUUCACAAUAAUGUCUAUAGGGAUGCUUUAUUGACGAGUGCAGUAAACAGUGCAACCAGUUUUCUUUCCGGAUUCGUGAUCUUCUCUGUACUCGGUUACAUGGCGCACAAAGCUCACGUGGAAGUCAAAGAUGUUGCUGCAGAAGGGCCCGGACUGGUGUUUAUUGUAUAUCCUGAAGCUCUAGCCACUAUGCCAGGAUCAUCUUUUUGGUCAGUGAUGUUUUUUCUGAUGCUGCUGACGCUUGGAUUAGACAGUUCGUUUGGAGGUUCCGAAGCUAUCAUCACAGCAUUGAGUGAUGAAUAUCCAACAAUAAGAAAUCACCGAGAGCUUUUUGUAGCUGCUCUCUUUUCUUUAUAUUUCCUUGUUGGUUUACCCAGCUGUACUCAGGGCGGUGCAUAUGUCGUUCAACUGUUGGACAGAUAUUCUGCUGGUUAUUCAAUUUUAUUUGCCGUAUUUUUUGAAGCAAUUGCAAUUUCUUGGAUCUAUGGAAUUAAACGAUUUUCAGCAGAUAUCAAGGAGAUGUUGGGAUUCGAUAUUGGUCGUUAUUGGAAAUUCUGUUGGCUUUUCAUCGCUCCUCUUUUUAUAAUGCUUAUUAUAGUCUACGGCCUGGUGAGCUACGAGCCUCUGACCUACGAGAACUACAAGUAUCCAGUGUGGGCUAACGUCUUCGGAAUGUUGCUGGCUGCGUCUUCAGUGCUGUGCAUUCCGUUGGUGGCGAUCUGGAAGCUCGUGAGAACUCCCGGGUCACUGGCACAGAGAUUCCACUUUCUAAUAACACCGUUCCGUGAUAGAAAUGCAGCUGGUGAUAAAAUCACGUGUCAUGAAAUAGAUGGAACACCAGUACCUCUUUGAUAACUGGAAGGCUUUUUUGUGAAAUAUGUUUUUCUAUUUGUAGAAAUACGAAAAUGUUGAAUUCUCUUCUAAAUGUGUUCAUUUCUUUUCAUUAAAAUCUUA